AACUUUCAUUUCCUCUUCCAAGAGGAUUGAGGAAGAAGCUAGCACAGCCCAGCUGGACUCUGAACUCUUCUACCAUGAGGCUCGAAGUGCUUUGCUUGGUCUCACUGGGACUGCUUGUAGCCCAAGGAACAGGGAAAGACUGUCCUCACAAAAAAGCUGCUACUCUCCUGCCAUCCUUCACGGUGACGCCUACAACUAUAGAAAGCACAGCAAGCCCUACGACCAGCCACAGGCCCAUCACUACCACUCACGGUAAUAUUACAGUUCAUCCAACAAGUAAUACUACCAGUUCCGGACCCUCAACUUCCACUCACAACCCUGCCACGACCACCAGUCAUGGGAACGCCACAGUUCAUCCCACCACAAACAACGGCACUGCUACUAGUCCAGGAUUCUCCACCACCACCGGCCCUCACCCUGGACCAUAUCCACCCUCUCCAAGUCCUAGUCCAGGCAGCACAAGGACUCUCGGAAACUACACAUGGACCAAUGGCUCCCAGCCCUGUGCUCAGCUCCAAGCACAAAUUCAGAUUCGAAUCCUGUACCCAACCCAGAGUGGAGGAAAGGCCUGGGGCAUCUCUACAUUGAAUCCCAACAAAACCAAGGUCCAGGGGGGCUGUGUCGGUGCCUCUCCCCACCUGCUUCUCCUAUUUCCUGAUGGACAGCUCACCUUUGGAUUCAAAAAGGACCUGGAGCACAGCCAGAAUAUGGUCUACCUCAACUAUAUGGCAGUGGAAUACAACGUGUCCUUCCCACACGCAACACAGUGGACAUUCUCAGCCCAGAACUCAUCUCUUCAAGAGCUCCAAGCUCCCCUGGGCCGAAGCUUCUGUUGCAGAAAUACAAGCAUAGUUCUUUCUCCAGCUGUUCAUCUCGACCUGCUCUCCCUGAGGCUACAGGCUGCUCAGCUGCCCAACACAGGACACUUGGGGCCAUGCGCCUCCUGCACCAAUGACCAAUCCCUCUGGCUGCCUCUCAUCAUUGGCCUGGUCCUCCUUGGCCUCCUUGCCUUCGUGCUCAUUGCCUUCUGCAUUACCCGGAGACGACAGUCUGCCUACCAGCCCCUGUGAGCAUUGGCUCCCACCAAGGAGCCCCCUCAUCUCGUCAGCAUGCCACUGACUACUGAGUUAUUUUCCUUCCCUAUCUUUAAGAACAAAAUUAGAUUUUGUAAUGGGGGUAAUUAAUAAACAAAAAUGGUACCCUACUCCUGUUCACAAAAAAGGGUACAAAAACUGG